AUGAGUCCCCGGAUCAACAACGCAGAGUCCACCCUCACCCGCAGUGCCAGCGUGCGGCUCCCGGUGAAGUUAGGCGAGAAGCUGGAGCGAUACCACACGGCCAUCCAGCGCUCCGUGUCAGUCAAGGCCCCCGGCGCCGCCCGCACGGAGGUCUUCGUGGCGCCCGUGGGCGUGGCCAGCCGGCGGCACCUGUUCGAGAAGGAGCUGGGGGGCCCGGGGGGCCGGGAGCCCGGCCGGGCCGAGCCCGCCAGCCGCAGGGACAACCUGCAGCUCUCGGGGGUGGUGACCUCGCGGCUCAACCUGUGGAUCAGCCGGACUCAGGAGUCGGGGGACCCGGACCCCCCGCAGGAGGCGAAGAAGGAGGCGGCGGCCGCCAAUCGGACCUCCUGGGCGAAGAGAGAGAGCUCCACCCUGGAUGCCGAGGUGUGA